GGAUCGUCCUGGAGAAGCAGCCUUCUCCCGAGCCACAUCUCAGGUGGGUGACUACCCCCCGUUCCCCUCCGGCUGUGGAUGCUAACUGGCCUCGGGAGGAGGUGCGGUUUUCCCUUACAAAGGGAACUGCCAUCAUGUAUGGGACUCUCAAUCCCACUGAGUUUAUCAGGGGGGGCGACCCCCUCGAAGGAUAGAGAGGCGCUGGCCAAGCUCGAGGAUGAGUCCCUCGAAGCCAAGAUAAUUCAAGCCUCCGUUACCGCUAGUGUAGCCCUCGGCGAGCAUAUCCGGAGGUUAGAACAAAUGCCCCUCCGGAAGAUCCAGUCCGCCAAGACUCUCAAGAUGCUCGUCGUGACAAAUACCGAAGCCGUGCGGAAGAUGGCGGAGUUGGAGGAGACCCUCCGGCUGGCCACCGAGGGGAUGGAUCAGAGUCUGAAAGAUGCCGAGGCCAAGUGUAAGGCCAUCGCGGAGAAGGCUGCCGCCGAGGAAGCCCAGAAGGCUGCCACAAAAGCCGAAGCCGACAAGUAGGAGGCCAUUGCUCAGGGUAAGAAGGACGCCCUCGCUGCCUUUACCGCUGAGGGAUGGAAAGUCGAGGACAAGAAACCAUGGGUGGCCUCGGUGGUGACGGAAGCCGUAGAUGAGUGGGUGGCGGGCCCCGGCGCGAUGUGGCUUGACUAGAAGGGUAAGAGCUUUUAUGAAGGCGGUGAGUACUUCACCCAAGCUAAUCUUUACCGGAAGCUGGCCCGGCACCCUAUGGUCUCCCCCCUCUGCAGCCAGAUGUUCGUGUUCCCCUCCCCCCGGGCGUAGAGAGGAAGUUGCUAGAAGACUCUGAGCUAGCCAGAUGUGAUGAUGAGGAUGAAGAGGCCGGGGAGGAUGCCACCUCAAAGGUUGUGGAGGAGGAUGUCCAAGUAAUCGAUACUUAGGAAAUUUUCCUUUGUAAUUUUUUGUUGUAAUUGGGCAGUAAGCCUUCGGCUC